GCGGCGGCACCCGGACACUGCAGAGCCGGCAUCGUUGUCGCGUGGAGCGGCGGCGGCGGGCAGCAGCGGGCAGCAUGAAAGGGCCGUCAGCGGUCGGGCCGGCCUCGGAGGUGAUCCGCGAGGGCGAGCUGGAGAAGCGCAGCGACAGCCUCUUCCAGCUGUGGAAGAAGAAGCAGGUGGUGCUGAGCAAGGAGAGCCUGAGCCUCUUCUCGCCCGAGGGCGGCGGCGGCAGCGGCGGGGCCGGCGGCAGGGCCCGCGCCAAGGAGCUGCGCUUCGGCUCCAUCCAGAAGGUGGACUGCGUGGAGCGCACCGGCAAGUACGUCUACUUCACCAUCGUCACCACGGACCGCAAGGAGAUCGACUUUCGGUGCCCGGGCGAGAGCUGCUGGAACGCCUCCAUCACCAUGGCGCUCAUCGACUUCCAGAACAAGCGCGCCAUCCAGGACUUCAAGAGCCGGCAGGAGGCCGUCGAGCAGGCGGCGGCGGGCAAUCGCGACCGGCGGUUGGCUCGGGCGCCCUGAGCCCCGCGCCCUGCCAGUCCCCCGCGGACCAGCCUAGCCGAGAUUAUACAUCUGGAUAACAAAUACAUUUGUCUUGGACUGAACCAAGACAGGAUACCAAUGAAGGAAAACAAAGGAUGCUACUAUACCUAGAUUUUUUUCUAGGUGUGAUGAGACGGCUAAGCAAAGAGGCCAAGCUUCUCCUUAGAGGCAUUUAUAAACCAAAGAACUUUUUUAAAAAAAAAAAAGAAAAAAGACUUAAGGCAAAGAAUAAGGUGUACGUUCAACAUCCAACUUUGCAUUAAAACAUUUUUUUUCUAUUUAUGAAAAGCAAAGAACAUGCAGCACCUGCAGGUGCAAAAUCAUUUAAAUUAUUUGUAAUAUCUAUAUUGUAUUUAUUUUGAUAAACAUUUGUCUUAAAUUGCUUUUAGCAUUUGAAUAUGUCCAUUCCAAUAAAAUAUCUUUUUUACUGUA